CAUGAUACAUUUACAAUGUAACCUUAGUUUCUGUCAACGUGUGUUCAUGUAGGAAAAGCACCAAAUCAAACCUCCUUUUUUUAGUUUUGCAAUUAAUAUACUAAUUACAUUGGGAUGGAUACAGUGGAUAUUCAGGCUGUGGAAUCUAAAUUAAGCGAUGUGACUGUUACAGCCAUUCCAAUGGGCAGAUCCCCACAUCCCCUUCAAAAUUAUAAUUUACACAGAGAUCUACAUUCACAUAAUAAUACACACAGCAGUACCAUCUCCCCUAGCACCUCUGUCGGAUUGGGAAGCCCGCAAACAGCUUCUUCUACAGGGCUUUCAAAAUAUGCUCAAUUGCUCAAUGCUAUUGAGGAAAUGGGCAAGGAAGUACGACCCACGUAUGCAGGUAGUCGCACUUCGGCAGAAAAGCUCAAGAGGAGUAUAAUUUCAGCUAGAUUGUUGGUGAGGGAGUGUUUAGUUGAAACUGAAAGGAGUGCGCGUCAAUAACCACUGCUCACUUGAUAAGUUUAAUAUUUUUACUUAAUUAAUCUUUGUUGAUACCAGAAAAGUGAUAUUUUGAGAUACAUUUUUCCGUAGAAACUUCUGAAACAUUUCUACAUUCGGAAAUGUCGCUUUAUGUUAAACUGCACUCACACGUAGUUAAAACCAACUACUAUCUGAAAAUAUGUUCUUGUCCCAGACCUACUUACCGUUUAUGCCUGCGAAGCAAUUGUGAUAAUAUUCCAAAUAAUUAAAACAAAGUACCAUAGACAGUACAAAUAAGAUAGUUAAUAAAUGUAGUAUUGAUAUAUUUCGUACACUGGAACAUUUUCAUUUAACUUGUAGUGGAUAAUACAUCUUUUGUAUUGCACUUGAUUUAUGUUCUUUGUGGACUUUAUAGUGCUUGUCGGUUUUACAAUCCAUUGAUAUAAAACAAUCUGAAGAAAUAAACAAAUUCCAAUUGUAUCAAAAAAUCAAAACUGCCAAAUUAGCAGCUCAGGUGAAAAUAUUCUUAACGUUAACUAUUUUUGUAUUAGAGUAUUAAAUAGAUCUAUAUUUACAUUGACUAACUUAGUCCUGCAUAGCAAAACUUCCCAAAUAAAAUAUUUAAAACAAA